UUAGGGCAACCCCAAGUGCUUGAACCCAUCCCGUACCAUUUUCCUGAGCUCUGUAAAGAGCAUGAAGAGUUUUCCCACUGACUCCACACAUUGAGGUGCCAUCACACUGCACAUUUCCCUCAGGAGAAUAAGCACAUACUCUGGGGUGGAGACAGGACUGCCUUUUUAUGUAACAGAAAAUGAUGCGGCCGCUUUAAGAGGAGCACGUCGGUCUGGGCUGGUGGCUUGGGUCACGUGACGGCGGUGGUCUGGUUUGCGCCUCUUGAUGAUGUCGCUGCGGCGCCCUAAGGAGGGAUUGGGCAAGGCUGGUCCCUGUGUGAUGAAACAUCACCCUCCCAGGAGCAAGGCGGAAGUUUGGAGGACGCUGAGUGGCGGAGGCGGGAGAGGCGAUGAGUGGUCUCGGCAGGCUCUUCGGGAAGGGGAAGAAGGAGAAGGGGCCAACCCCUGAAGAAGCAAUACAGAAACUGAAGGAAACAGAGAAGAUACUGAUCAAGAAACAGGAAUUUCUAGAGCAGAAGAUUCAGCAGGAGCUACAAACAGCCAAGAAGUAUGGGACCAAGAAUAAGAGAGCCGCCCUACAGGCUUUGCGGAGAAAGAAAAGAUUGGAACAGCAGCUGGCACAAACUGAUGGGACGUUAUCUACCCUGGAGUUUCAGCGUGAGGCCAUUGAGAAUGCCACCACCAAUGCAGAAGUUCUUCGUACCAUGGAGCUUGCUGCCCGAGGCAUGAAGAAGGCCUACCAGGACAUGGACAUUGACAAAGUAGAUGAACUGAUGGCUGACAUCACAGAACAACAGGAGGUGGCCCAUCAGAUCUCAGAUGCCAUUUCUCGGCCUGUGGGCUUUGGAGAUGAUGUGGAUGAGGAUGAACUGCUGGAGGAACUAGAGGAGCUGGAGCAGGAGGAAUUGGCUCAGGAGUUGCUAAAUGUGGGCAACAAGGAGGAAGAACCCCCAGUCAAAUUGCCUAGUGUACCUUCUACACAUCUGCCGGCAGGGCCAGCUCCCAAAGCAGAUGAAGAUGAAGAAGCACUAAAGCAGUUGGCUGAGUCGGUAUCCUGAUAAGUCUGGGCUUGUCUUCCUAACACUACCUUUGUUGGUCCUUUUUCCUUAAGUGCCAAGUACUGAGCUAAAGGAGGAUAACUUUUUGGGGAAGUCCUGCUAAAGGUGGUAGUGUGACCCUGCCUGAAAAGGGUCUUUUGCCCUCCCAGCCCUGGAUCAAAUCUGAAGAAGGAUCUUGCUCCAGGAGGAGCCGCUGGGCUCCCUUCUUUUUGAUAGCAGUUAUAAUGUCCUUGUUCCCAAUAAAAUUGGACAGACAGAA